AUGUGUUUGUGUGAUCCACCUGCGCCAAUCCGGCCCUCACUGCAGCCUACACAGCAGCCCGUCCAACCUGCGGUGCCUACAGCGCCUGCAGCGCCUGCUCGAGCUGCGUCAGCUCCCACAGAUAUCAAGGGUCCAGUUCUGGCUUGGGCGCACAAAGAGGCUGAGAUCUGGAAUUGGCUGGAGGUGUUGAGCACCUCCUCGACAGCAUCUUCUCUGGCCACAAUGACUGGCUCGUCUUCCCCAGAGGUUACAGAUGCCUCACCGAUGCCAAAGAGCUACAAGAUUGCCGCGGUCAGUAAGCCCUACACCGCCUGGGCCAGCACAUCGCCCAUGAGACCAGCCACUGCGGCCUCGAAAGUGCCUCUCUCUGGUGUUCCCGCCAAAGGUGAAGCGCCACACCCUGGCCCGUUGCUGCGGGCUAGGUAUCCGUACCCAGGACAACGCCUUUUCUACACGGCCAGGAGCAACGGGCAGCGCUAUCCUGGUGUAUUGACAGGCUUCCUGCCAAACCGCCCGGGAUACCGGGUCUUUUUGGACUGUGGGGAGAGCAAAGAGGUUGAUGAAGCUGAGGCCUGGCGACUUGCGUUCUGA